AGACUAACCUAAUCCGAGUCCAGGCCGCAUGUGCCACACCGCGUCAGCUCUAGGUUAUCACAUCAGCGUUAUCACGCGGAUCACGCUCAUUACCGCACGUGCUUAAGUGCCAUCCUCUUGACAGCGGCUUCGCACGAGACCCUCUCGCACGUUGAUACCGCAUUCCCGCGGAAUAACGGCAUGGCGAGGAGCUUGAGCGCAAAAAUCGGCCCGUCGGUCUUAAACGCCGACCUGGCGCAGCUGUACGAAGAGUCGCAAAAGUUGCUGGACAACGGCGCGGAUUACUUGCACUUGGACGUGAUGGACGGCCACUUCGUUCCCAAUCUCUCGUUCGGUCAUCCGAUCGUCAAGUGCCUUCGUAGUAAAAUAAAGGACGCCUUCUUCGAGACGCACAUGAUGGUGUCGAGUCCGGAGCAGUGGAUCGAACCCAUGGCCGACGCUGGCGUAGAUCAGUAUACGUUUCACGUGGAGCCGGUGAAGGAUGUUCCUCUGGUUUGCAGGAAGGUGAGGGAGGCAGGAAUGAAGGUUGGCGUGGCACUCAAGCCAGGAACACCUGUGGAUGUGGUGACAGACUACGUGGAUCUAGCAGACAUGAUCCUAGUGAUGACCGUGGAACCUGGUUUCGGCGGGCAGAAGUUUAUGGAACCGAUGUUAAAGAAAGUCGCAUGGCUAAGGGAGAACUAUCCUGGACUGGAUGUUGAAGUCGACGGCGGAGUCGGACCAGCUACAAUUGAAGCUUGUGCAAAGGCUGGCGCUAACAUGAUCGUAUCCGGCACGGCUGUCAUAGGGUCUGCUGAUCAAGCUAAAGUAAUAACGACUCUUAGAGACACGGUGAAUUGCUAUUUGGAGCACAGUCAUUCAACAUAACGAUGGCAACUGUAAAUACACAAAACAUUCCUGCGAUAAACUUGGCAUUUUAUAUAAUAUAUAUAUAUGUACAAAAAUAUAAAUACAAAGAUGUAUUUUUUUUACAAUAACAUGGCAAACAAUCGAUCUGAUAAAAUUCAACAUGACUUUAACAGAUA